AUGGGUCUCUGCCUGUCCGUGGCGCUCUGGAAGGAGAAGCUCUACGGCGCCGACGGCGGCAGCCGGUCAGUGCGGGGGCGCGUCGUCCAUAAGGUCGUUGCCGGCGUGGAGAGUGGUGACUGCGAGUACUACGGGAUCUUGGGAGGCGACACAGACGACGUGCUGGGGGUAGAGCAGAAGGCGGCGGCGGCGGUUCCGGUGGCGGGCAUGGGCGUCAAAAGUGGUGGAGUGGAGGGAGCUGCCGCUGCCGUGUCCGGCGGCACUCCGGUGCUGCCGAUAUGGCAGAGGAGGGUGCUGAUGGGCGUCAAGUGCCAGCUGCCGCGGUUCAGCGGGAUGGUACUGUACGACGAGAGCGGCCGGCCGGUGUGCAGUGGCAUCCGGGACAGAGCUCGUGACCAGGUGCUUUCGACCCCUCUUUGCUUACCUAGUUCACGUCAUCAAAAUGCACUAACAGUCUGA